AUGGCUAACUACUACCGAUGUUUUAGUAAAUUAUUAACUGCAGCAUCAGGCGUAGGAUCUGGAGUAUUAAUCGUUUAUUAUGGUUUAUUGCAAAAUGAUAAAAAUAAAGUUUAUGCUUCGGCAAAUACAACGUCCCAGCCACAACGCCAUGGAAUAGCAGUUCAUAAAUGGGAUUCUAAUUGGGACCGGAGGAAUCCUGCAAGCAUAUUAGAAAGCAAGGGAAUCUCAGAGGAAGAUAAAGGAUAUCAAAAUGAAUUGGAAAAACUAAUACCAAAAUCAACUCGCCAUAUAUUUCUUAUUAGACAUGGCCAGUAUAAUUUAGAUGGAGCUACAGAUAAAGAUAGAUAUUUAACACCUUUAGGAAGAAAACAAGCUGAAUACACAGUCUUUAAAUUCAAAUAUUUUUACCAAGAUGGUCCUCGAAUUGAAGCAGCAUUUAGAAAAUAUAUUCACAGAGCUGAUGUAUCUCAAACAGAAGAUUCAUAUGAUAUUCUUGUAAGCCAUGCAAAUGUAAUUAGAUAUUUCGUAUGUAGAGCCUUACAAUUUCCUCCUGAUGCUUGGUUGCGAUUCACUAUUCAUCACUGCAGCAUAACAUGGAUAGUAAUUACACCAACUGGACGAGUUAUUGUUCGUGGACUAGGAGAUUCUGGUCAUAUUCCGUCUGAAGCCGUCACUAGUAAUUAG